GUCCAAAGAAUUUUGCUGACCAUUAAAUAAGUUAGCUACUGCGGGAGCUUCAGCUCUAUGACCUCACAACAUUUUCUCCUUCAUCGGGAGGCGACAUUGGGUUCAACUUUUGAUGAAUUUUGUAUUCUCUCAGAGAAGAUAUUACCAAUUACAUUGACUUGGACCCCUUGCUAGCAAGUUUUCAAAAUGAACGUUUCUCGAGCGACUCUUGGGCGAGCUGUUGUUCGCUCCCAAGUUCGUCAGCCUCUCACUAUAUCUCGGCGCCAAUGGGUUCGCUACGCCCAUGAUUAUGGCAGCGAGUAUUCUCAGCCUCCUCCCAACCGCGGUGGUAAAAUCAUUAGUUUUGCAGCCGUCUUCGGUCUUGCUGCUGCUGGAGCCUACUUUUAUCCCAUGUUGACUGGAAAGUCUUCAUCACCCGCUGAAGUCGAGAAGAAGGAAGUUCCCACUAAGGCUGAACUCGAGUUUGAGAAGCCUCGCAAGAAAGUCAAGUCCAAAGAAGAGAACCGAGAUCUUAUCAGCUCCCAACAUCUCCAAGUUAAGAAUAGUUGGGAGCAUCCUGGAGUUUAUGCCUGGGGCUCUAAUGUUGGAAAGGUCAUCGAUCCAAACUCCAGUGAAAAAUAUGUCAAAGUACCUCGGAGGAUUUCUUUCUUUGAUGACAAGGUUCUCAGGGACCUCAAGUUGACAUCCGUCUUUGGUGCAGCAGUCACUGAGAAGGGUGAUCUGGUUCAAUGGGGCUUGGGCUACAACCAGCGAGACCCUUCACCCGUGCCUACACUUACAGGCAAAGAUCUUGCCAAAAUCGAUGUUUCGCUUGAUCGAAUUAUUGCUCUGUCGCGCAACGGCAAUGUAUAUUCUAUCCCUGCGGCUCGCAAUGAUCAAGAGGGUGGCCUGAAAGAAGAACAGAAAAAGUCCUCCUGGUCUAUAUGGGGAUCUGGCGGUGCCCGAGAGAACAUACAUUUCCGCAAUUUGACACCAUCUGGUCUGUCAUAUGGUGAAACCGUGAAGGACAUCAGCAGCGGCCAGGAGCAUUGUCUCAUGCUCACCUCCAAAGGACGUGUCUUCUCCGCUGCUGCUAGUGCUCUCGAGUUUCCUUCCAAGGGACAGAUGGGUAUUGCGGGUUUGAAUUGGCAUAACAGGCCCAAGGGACCUUACGACCAACCUCACGAAAUUACAACUCUAAAGGGAUUCGACGUGGCACAGAUUGCAACUGGUGAUUACCACUCGGCUGUUCUUGAUAAAACCGGACGUAUUUUUGGAUUUGGUGACAACUCAUUCGGCCAGCUUGGAAUCGAUACCGACUUUGGCCUUUCAGUUUCCGACACCCCGGUAAUGGUUCCUACCAACCUGUCCUACGCUGGCACUGGACUUGUCCCGACGGUAACAUCCAUAGCGGCAGGUGGGAACAAUACUUUCUUCACUGUGGAUGCGAAAACCACGACAGUUCCUGGCAACACAAAAACUCUUGCUCCAGCGAGAAGGCUUCCUCCCGUGACUACAGAUCUGUGGGCUUGCGGCCAAGGAGUGUACGGGACACUGGGCACUGGUCGAUGGUCACACGUCUCGCCCAAGCCGACCAAGGUGAAGGGUCUUUCGUCCCUGUUCGAGUUUGACGAGAAAACCAACAAGAUGAGCCCUAUUAAGCUCAAGUCUCUGUCAGUUGGGGCCACUCACUGCUCGGCUGUCAUGGACAAUGUCACCGAAGUCUCGGUCACGGGUCAAGGGACCGAGAACGAGACCAACUGGGGAGCAGACGUCGUAUUCUGGGGUGGCAAUGAGCACUAUCAGCUUGGCACCGGAAAACGAACCAACUUGAACGCUCCAGCUUACAUUGCCGCUCUGGACAGCGCCGCCGAUGCUCGUAAGGAGGGUUCACCAGACUUCCACCGGCUGUCCGUGACUCCUCGCAAGACAAUCCGUCUGGACGGUGGAAAGGGCCGAAAGGUCUCGUUGGAACAAAAGAUUGAGUGCGGCAAGUACGUGACUGGCAUCUACUCUGCCGUGUGAAGCGAGUGGCACGGCAAACAACUCAAUUUGUAAGAACAGGCUCGCCUCAUUGUAUUAUAAGAAAUAUGUAAUCGACGGAUUGUAUCCGCGAGGAUAUGAUUGGGCGUUUGGGGAUGGGAUAUUUCAGUCAUGACUUUAAAUGGUAAAUUCCACUUGGGCAUGUUCCUUCCAAUUAAUCGACUGAUUAGCUCAGCUGACCCUUUAAAUGUGAAAUCACCCAUCCAUGCCUUACCUGAAAGAUCCAAGAGUGGUCUGAAGCAGUCAUAUGAAUGGCUCACACUACUUUUGGGAAUGAAACAUAGAAACACGUGAAUGAUACGAAGUUGAGACA